CGUAAAGUGGUGAAGUUAUGAGAGGAUACAUUUUAAAAUGGAGAUCAUAUGAGUUUGAGGUGUUAGUGUGUUGUCUUGCAAUGUUUUGAUGAUGAGUUUUUAUUAUAAAGCAUAUUAUGGAUCGACAGUCAUGGAUAUGUUAACGGUGUUGUUUGUUCGUGUUCUGUUCCUGUCUCAAGAGUUUGCCAACACAUUUGCCAACCCGGUUAUUACAGAUUUCCAAAACGAAGUGGUCACCGACGAUUUUGCAUUUGUAAAUCGUUCUGGUUGGAACGCCGAGGAACCAAAACAAUCCCUUCCAUUGACAACUCCGGUUCCAUAUGUGGUGAUACACCAUUCAUAUUUACCACCAGCUUGCUCCACGAGGGAACAGUGCAGCCGGGCUAUGACGCAGAUGCAAAGAAUGCAUGUUGACACACGAGGCUGGUGGGAUAUUGGAUACAAUUUCGCUGUGGGAGGUGAUGGAACUGUCUAUGAAGGUCGGGGCUGGCAGAUUUUGGGUGCACAUGCCCUUAAUUUUAACAACGUCAGUAUUGGAAUAUGCUUGAUUGGUGAUUGGACAAAUGAAUUGCCACCAGUACAACAAUUGAAAGCAGCUCAAUCAUUGAUAUCUGCCGGAGUGGACAGGGGCUACAUAAAGCUGGAUUACAAGCUGGUGGGGCAUCGACAAGUGAGAGACACCAAAUGUCCCGGUGAUACCCUAUUCAGAGAAAUUUCUCAAUGGAAGCAUUUCUCCAGCUUCCCUGCGUCCAAAGCUGAUUUGAUAAACGUCAAAGAAAUACCGAAGGAAAUAAGGGAUAUAUGGAAGAAAAAUGGAUUGUAGCAUAGAAUAGUAUCGUAUGGUUAAAAUGUUAUUGCUUGUGAUAGUGUCGUGGAAAGGGUCGUUCAUACGUAAUACUCGUUAACGGCGCUACUGGAGUACUGAUCCUGACAUCAUGAUCACACUGUUAUUUCCGCUUAUAAUAAUAAUAAUUGUAUUUUCAACACACUUGCUCGUAAAAUGAGCCUUAUUACAUUACUAUUAGGGACGUUUUAACACACACGUGUACAAUAAUAUUACACACUAGUGCAUAAAAUAAUUAUCCCCACAAAGUUAAGUUAGUACAUAAUUGCAAAUUAUAUGAGAGUAAAAAGAGUAUUUUCAAUUUAAUCAUGUAAUACAGAUUUUUUUUGUGAUAAUAAAGAGGUUUUUUGCCGCUAAAUAUCAAUUCACAUUUUUGGAAUAAAUAAAUAUUAAUUUACACGAAAUAGCAUUUAUUAUUAUUAAGUUA